AUGGGGAUUCGGUUGCUUGAGAUGGUGCUUCAUGCAAAGCAAACUAUACGAAGAUGGUCACAUUCUAAACACCAAUGCUCUUAUCGGACAUCGAGUUCAGUUAAUGUCCCGAAAGGCCAUUUCGCUGUUUAUGUCGGAGAUGAAGAGAAGAACAAGAGAUUUGUGGUCCCGAUAUCAUACUUGAAGCACCCUUUGUUCCAAGCCUUGUUGAAUCAGGCUGAACAAGAGUUUGGGUUUGAUCAUCCAUUGGGUGGUCUCAUGGUUCCUUGUGAUGAAGACGAAUUCAUCAACCUCACUUCUCGUAUAAACCAUGCCUGA